GGGUCUGCAAUCGGAGCGGGCUACGCGGCGCCUGCGGACGGGGCCGCUGGGCGGGGACCGGCCCCAUAGCCCCGGGAGCUUCCUCUUCCUAUCUCGCCGUUCCCGGCGGCGGUCCCCGGUCCCUGGCGAAAAGCCGUGCGGUCUGGGGACGUGAGGGGGCCCUCCGGCAGAGUGCGGAGCUGGGUGCCCGGGGCCGGGCCGCAGGGGAGAUGCCGUGUGAGCGAGUGACGGGCAGAUUUUGUGUUCCCCUCGUGCUGGCUGCUCUCCCCAUCAUGGCUACUGGUGAAGAAAUGCUCCCUGCCUUGCAGGACUCCUGGGGGGACUUCUGGCUCUUCCGUUUCUUUAUUAACGCUGCUGGCUAUGCGAGUAUUGUAAUACCAGGAUUCCUUCUCAUUCAGUACUUCAAGAGAAGGAAUUACCUGGAGACAGGCCGAGGCAUUUGCUUUCCUGUCAUCAAAUCAUGUGUGUUCGGCUCUGAGGUGAAGACUGUACAUGCAGAGGAUGGCUCCCUGCCACCCCGAGCAGAGCCUACAGAGUCCUCUACAGCCCGACAGAUCUUGAAGCUGCUCUUCUGUGCUGCUGGUCUACAGGCCUCCUACCUCACAUGGGGUGUUCUCCAGGAGCGCGUGAUGACAAGAACAUACGGUGCUACUGAGACAGACCCUGGUGAGAAGUUCAAGGACUCCCAGUUCCUAGUGUUCAUGAACCGCAUCCUGGCCUUCACUGUGGCUGGUCUGUACUGCGCCUUGACCAAGCAGCCGCGCCAUGGGGCUGCUAUGUACAAGUACUCUUUCGCCUCCCUCUCCAACAUCCUCAGCAGCUGGUGCCAGUACGAGGCUCUCAAAUACAUCAGCUUCCCCACCCAAGUGCUGGCCAAGGCUUCUAAAGUGAUCCCUGUAAUGAUGAUGGGUAAACUGGUGUCACACAAGAGUUACGAGUACUGGGAAUACCUGACAGCUGCCCUCAUCUCUGUGGGGGUCAGCAUGUUCCUGCUCUCCAGUGCUCCCAACAGACACGUGUCCACUGUCACCACUUUCUCUGGUGUAGUCCUCCUGGCCGGCUACAUUGUCUUCGACAGCUUCACAUCCAACUGGCAGGAUGCCCUCUUCACCUACAAGAUGUCUCCCGUGCAGAUGAUGUUCGGUGUCAAUGUCUUCUCCUGCCUUUUCACAGUGGGCUCGCUCUUGGAGCAGGGUGCUUUGCUAGAAUCAGUGCACUUCAUGGCUCGUCACUCGGAGUUCACGGCCCACGCGGUGCUGCUGUCGGUGUGCUCUGCCUGUGGCCAGCUCUUCAUCUUCUACACCAUCAACCAGUUUGGGGCAGCCGUCUUCACUAUCAUCAUGACUCUCCGCCAGGCCUUUGCCAUUCUCCUCUCCUGCCUCAUUUAUGGGCACACUGUCACUGUUGUGGGUGGGCUGGGCAUAGCUGUUGUCUUUAUGGCACUCUUCCUCCGCGUCUAUGCCCGCAGCCGCAUGAAGAAGCGCAGCAAGAAACUACCACCAGGGGAGACCGCUGUCCAAAAGGUCUAAGGAGCUGAGGCCAGGGUCUCUGAGCUGUGCCUGCUGUCCUGCCUCUGCUGGGGGGCGCUUGCUUGAUCUAUCAGAACCCACUGAGGAGCCAGGUGGAGUAUCGUUAGGCUGGACAAGUGACUCAAUUUUCCACCUGCUUUUCCUGGGGAAGGGGCUGCAACAAGCCCAGGGAAUGCUCUGGGCUGCCACAGCUCCAAACCUUACUAUUUGCCUUAAUAGGUGAGAGACUUCCAGCCAAGACACGGACCUAGGGGCUUGCAGCUGCAGGGGCAAACCAGCAUGGGGCUGCUGGUGCUCCUGCCCCACCUGUGUCAUGGUUUCUCUCUAAGGUCAUUGAUUGAACAAGAGAGAUCUUUUCCAUGGCAACAUCUUCCCUCCAGCUUAUGCGCCUCCAUGUCUGUCACUACUACAGAGCUCAGCAGGAGGAGGGGGCAGGAAAAACACUAGCUCUGUCUUUGAAAUGUCUCUAUAUGAGGCAAAAUCCUGAGCUGAGCCUGGGGUAAGUAGGACAGAAACUCCCGCUCAGUCACUCCAGCCUCAGGCUUUCUUCCCAGGAGGUGCUCCAGGUAGGAGAGGCACAGCUCAGAGAGGACCUGUCCUACUGCAGGCCUGGGAUCUGCUCUGGGAGGGCAGGCUGGAAUCCCAGUUUGGUUUAUCAGUCCCUUACCCCAGCUCUAAGUCAAUUUUCUUUGCUCCUCCUAGCCCAGGCUGAUUUUUAUGCAGAGAUAGAGGCUGGCUGAUGCAUUUCCCAAGGCUUGCUGAGUUAUUCUAGGUUGCUUUUCAUUUACAUCUGCUGCUGUUACAGGCCAAAGGCUACAGUGUCCAGAAUCCCCAGCAUCUCCUCAGGGUGCCACGGUUUCUGGACUCUGUAGUUGCCAUUCAGAGAAGCACAAACACCCGCUUUUUUUUUUCCCUGCCAACUGGAAGUAUCAGCCCCACCUUUCUUGGGGCCUUAUCAGAGCCCCACAGUGCCUGGAGGUCUGCAGGAAGGGACAGAGCCCUCUGUCAUGGCUCAUCCCCUCUCCACAGGCAGCAGAGGAUGGAGGAGCAGGUGCCUGCCCCCAGGCAACAGGGGAUGGGGUAGUGGAGGCUGCUCCCACUGCUCUUCCCCAAAGCCUGGGUUGUACCCAUUAACCCUUUUCUCCCCAUUACAGCCUGACUGACAAGUCAGCAAUUUUGGUACUUUUGAAAAGCAACUUUUUUCUUUUUAUUUUAUUAAAUUAAAAAUAUGCUGCAUAUAGUACCCCAGGGGUAAAUGGGUUUUUUGUUUGUUUUCUUUUCCCCUGUAUCUUCCCUCCCACUCAUAGCUGGAGGGAAGAGACUAAUUCCCCAAGCUGUUCCCUGAUCUCCCUAGAAAACUUUGCUACGCUCUCUCUCCUUUCCAAAUAUGGGUACCUCUGCCUGCACCCAGGGUUGGACCUACAGCUCCAAAGUCCCAUGGUCCCUCCAUGCAAGAUCCCUGCACGCACACAGCUGGAGAACAUAGCCAUGCUCAGACCUCUGCUUGUGCUGGGGAGUGCACCAGGACCUACAACUCUGUGCCAAUUUAAUCCUGAUAAGGACUUGGGGACCACGCAGGGAACCCUGGUGCCAGGUGGGUGUAUCUGCAAAUAGGGUAGAUGGAUAGAAAUAAUGUAAAUGGGAGCCAGAGCCCCCACUGCCGUAGUGAGGCCUUGAAGGAGUCCAGUCUUCAUGGAGUGCAUUUGCACCCACACCAGCUCCACAAGUCCUGUAUAGACCCCUGGUGCACAAUUGAGUGUUGAAAUAAACCUUCACUCUAUGCUUGUGCUCUCUGGGCCUAGCAAGGUCUGGAGCAACCACAGAACCUUGCCCUGCAGCUAGAGAAACAGGAGAAUCAAGCAAGGGUUACAGGAGAGACUGAUCAGGCAUAUUAACAGCCUGCAAGGACAACAGCAUCUGCUGACCACAGCACUGAGUUUGGCUCUAGCAGUUUUAUCCAAGCUCCUUAAUACUUUCAAGUUCUUGAAAGUGCUUGUAUUACAUGACCUCACAGCCCUGCAUCCUUCCUCUUGCCUCCACCUCUUUGUUUACAAAUUCAAAUUCCCCCAAGUGUCUGCCUCACAGUCUGCUGUCAGACUGAGAACGUUUGGGUUUUUGGGUAGGAUUUUUUUUGGGGGGGGGAGAAGGGGGGAUGAAAAGGAAAGGAAUGGUAAAGUUCCUUUCUAUCACAGUGCAGAACAGGACCCCUGUUCUCAGUUAAAUGAGAAUGGAGGAAAACAAGGGAAAUGCUUUAAGUUGAAAAGAAUCAAUGUUGAGGCUCACUUGGCAAAACUUCCCUAUCCUGGGAGAAAUCCUGUCUCCUUUCUCCUGUCUCAGCAAGGAAAUUACUCUGCAAGAGUUGGCUAGCACAGCUCUAGCUGCACCCCACCAGCUUGCACCCAAGCAGCACCGUGCCCCACGGUGUGCAGCCAUAACUCCAGCUCCCAAUAGGGCUCGAAACAGGGCCCAGCUGUUCUCUACCUCCCCUUUCCCUUCUCAUGAUGGAUGCUGGCUGAAACACCCACUCCAUUUUAUGCAUAUGCUGGUUACAUUUUGCCCAACUAUGCUUCCUCUUCUACUUCCUCUUCAUUCUAUCUCAAUGUCUUCUGCCCUUAUAGCAGCUUUCCACUUUAUUCUGUUCCUGCUUCCCCUUCGUGUUACAAUUCCACCUCAACUUCCACAUCCACCCUUGUAGCAGCUGCCUUCUGCCCUUCCGCUUCUUUCCACUUCUCCCAGUUCUGCUUCAUUCCACUUCUGUUUCCUUCCUCUACUUCUGCUUCAACUUCUUCUACUUCUGGUUACGCUUCUGGUUUGAGUUCCUUCUCAUUCCACUCCUUUCCACUUUUGCUUCCUCUGACGCUUCUAUUUCAAUCCACUUCUGCUUCCAUUUCCUUCUGCUUCAUUUCCCUUCUGGUUGCACUUUAGCUUAUAGUUCUGCCUUGUUCUGCUUCUGAUUCCUUCUGCUUAAACUUCUGCUUCCACUUCAACUUCUGCUUCCACUUCUGCUUCUUUCCAUCCUCAUAGCAGCCACCUUACACCCUCACAACAUUCUGCCCUUCCAUUUCUGAUUUCUUCCACUGUCGCUUCCACUUCUUUCUACUUCACUUUGCUUGUGCUUCCACUUCAUUUUCUAUUUACACCUCUUCCAUUUACACCUCUGCUUUCUUCUGCUUCUGGUUCCACUCCCCCUUCUGUCUCCUUCAGCUUCUACCAUUGCAGUACUGUGUCCUACAGUGCCUUGGUGUGCAGGCAUGACUCCAGCUCCCACCAGAGCUGUGCUCUACCUCCUACUUCCCUUUUCAAGAUGGAUGUUGGCUAAAAUCUCCACUCCAUUUUGUGCCUGUGGCUGCUGGCAUACAGUCAAGUAUGACUUGAUGUCGCUUUCCCCUGCCCAACUCCAGAGGCCAACAUGGCAGAGGGUGACAAGCCCUACAGCUUUAGUGUAAGUUUGAUACAGAGAGCAGAUGGCUCAGAUGAUGCCCCAGGCCUCUCAGUCAUCCAAGAGACAGGUUAAAGCAAGGUGCUGCUAAGCCCAAAGGGCUGCAGAAACCUUAAAACAGCAGGCUGGAUGGCGGAGAAAAAGUGAAGCCUAGAACAAAGCCUGCAAAAGCAGUUUGACAUAAGAGCUGAACAGAGGCAGCUGAAAUCCCCAGCAGUUAAUUCCCUCCCACCUCUAUCUCAACUCUGUGCUGCAAGGGAACAAGCAGAUGGCUCCUGUCACUGCUCCAGCCCAGAGACAGAGAGAUGCUGAUUAGACCAGCCAGCAGCAACACACACUCAUGUCCUGUUAGCUUAUUCAGCUGACAAGCACAGCUUGACAAGGUUUCUUCACCAGCUGCAGGUCAUGCAGGCAGAGACCACCUCCUGCCCAGCAGGUCCUUUCUCACCUACCCUCUCUGUGGUGCCAAAGCAGGGAAGUAGCAGAGAUGAGCUAAAGCACAACUCAAAUCUAGUCGGAGUAGACCCUGCCUUCACAUGGCAGUUCAGAAAGAGCACAACAGUUUGAACCUAUGGUGGUGGCUUUUUAACUACAGAGGCCAAGAGCGUUGAAAGCAGGCCACCUAUCUCUC